GGAGCUGCUGCUGUGAUUUAUGUGAGAAUGGGAUGCUGGCAUGGCAGGUACAGGCAGAGGAAUGCUGUGCUAGAGCAUCUCCGGCGUCCACACGGGAAGAUGUGUCUGCAUUGAUGAAAGCAGUUUCCAGAGGUCACAAGGCUUAGGGGGCUGCUCUCCUUCCCUCCAGCCCUGGCAAUGUGUGUGUGUGUGAGGUGACUGCUGCUGGGAGCAGCGGGGACGGAUGGCGGAUCUCACACACUCCAGCAGCAGCAGCAUCAGGCAGCCUGGGAUGUUCUCUUUGCCUUCCUUCGGCUGCAGGGAGGGCUCUGUACUGGCUGGCACUGGCAGAGGCGACAAGCAGAGGAAGAAGUCCUUAUAUUUAGUCAGGAUGAAGCCGCUGAAAGAGCCCACGAACAACAACGUGUCCUUUGUCAUCCACUGUCACAUAGGGAAGGAGAUCAAGCACAUAUGCAGCAACUGCAGCCGCGGGGAGGAAGCUCGAGAGGCUGAGGAAGUGGAGAGACUGGCUGCAAUGCGCUCUGAGUCUUUAGUACCUGGUACUCACACUCCACCUAUCAGAAGAAGAAGUAAAUUUGCCACUCUAGGAAGACUAUUUAAGCCAUGGAAAUGGAGAAAGAAGAAAAGUGAAAAAUUUAAACAAACAUCUGCAGCGCUGGAGAGAAAGAUCUCAAUGAGACAGAGCAGAGAGGAGCUCAUCAAGAGGGGAGUCUUAAAGGACAUCUAUGACAAAGAUGGUGAUUUACAAAAUGAAGAAGGAAUGAUGGAAAAUGGGCAGCCAAUUGGAACUGGGUCAUCCUCACUUCCAGUUAUAACCGAACUAGAAUCCAAUUCUGUUUCAGGUGACACUUGUGCAUAUGAAGUACUUCCAACCUCUGAGCUCAUGGAUGGGACAGUGUCUGAAGAUCUCCCGUCUGAGCCAGGAUUAUUAUCCCAGGAUCCAUCCUACAAGCCAACCCUGCUACUUCCCCCAAAAAAAUCAUCCGCUUUCCCCGUAGACCAUGAGGACACCCCUGUGAAACCACUAACUCUCCUCAAGCAGCCCCCUGCCCUGCCUCCUAAACCUAUUUCCAGAAUUGCCAAUCAUAUAGCAGACUCCGGAGUACCUAUGAAACUGCCUUGUAUGCCAGGGAAGAUGUCUCCUCCACUACCUCCAAAGAAAGUCAUGAUAUGCAUGCCAUUGGGAGCAGAUUACUCCCACUCCUACUCUAAUCAGAAAAACUCCCAGCAUCACCACACCAUCCUACCUUCCCAAUUAGCCGUCCACCAGCAUCAACUUCAGUAUGGCAGCCAGCACCUGUCAACUGGAUCCAGCUCAGUGCCCAUUCAUCCGUCCAUACCCCCAGGAUGCAGGGUAAUUGAGGAGCUAAACAAGACAUUUGCCAUGACCAUGCAAAGAUUGGAAAGCUCGGGGUUGCAUGGAGGAGACAGCAUGUCAAAGCUUGGUGGAUAUUCUGACAUGAGACAAGUGCCAACUGUUGUUAUUGAAUGUGAAGAUGAUAAAGAAAAUGUGCCUCAUGAUACAAAUUAUGAAGACUCUUCAUGCCGCUACUCCAGAGAUGAUGACGAUGAUGAUGAUGAUGAUGAUGACGACGAUGAUGAUGAUGAAGAUGAUGAUGAUGAUAGUUCACUAUACACAAGCUCCCUAACAUUAAAAGUCCUCCGGAAGGAUUCCUUGGCGAUAAAGUUAAGCAACAGACCAUCCAAGAGAGAAUUGGAGGAGAAGAACAUCCUCCCCAGGCAGACGGAUGAAGAGAGGCUGGAACUGAGGCAACAGAUUGGGACUAAACUUACUAGACGAUUGAGCCAAAGGCCAACAGCUGAAGAGUUGGAACAAAGAAAUAUCCUGAAACCUCGCAAUGAACAAGAAGAGCAGGAGGAAAAACGAGAGAUUAAACGGAGACUUACACGUAAGCUCAGUCAAAGACCCACUGUUGAGGAGCUGCGUGAAAAGAAAAUCCUAAUUCGCUUCAGUGAUUACGUGGAGUUGGCUGAUGCACAGGACUACGACAGGAGAGCAGACAAACCGUGGACUCGUCUUACAGCCGCUGACAAAGCAGCUAUACGUAAAGAGCUGAACGAGUUUAAAAGUACAGAAAUGGAGGUCCAUGAAUUAAGUAGGCAUUUAACAAGGUUUCACAGACCCUAGCAUUAAAGUUCUACUUGAAUACUUUACUGUUUUCAAAAAGGGAACCACAAGUGCUGGGAUAUUUUAUUUUCUCUUAUACUUAAAUGUAAAUCUUUGGAACUGCCUUGUUUUUUCAAGAGAAGAAAAUGUCAUUUGCAUAAUCUUCAUAGAUGAUCUCCAUCAUCACUAGACCUUAAAAUGUGAAGUUUGUGCAAAGAAAAAUGUCAGCAAACAAUGUGUGGACCUGUCCUGAAUGUACAGACUGAGCCGUGCUUGUUCUUCCUCAAGUGCUCGGGUGUGAACAUGGUACAGCUCAGUGUCAGUGGGGGUCCACUUGGACGACCGUGCGAGGAGAUCCCAAGUAUGGAGACCUCUAAAGCCUAUGUCAGAGCAGCUUGAUGCAUUUCAGCCAAAUCUAUAUGGGAUGUGUAAGCAAAGGAGAGAGACCUGCACUACUUUUUCUUUGUAAAGCAUUCCGAGUUACGUGUCAUAUCUUCCAUGCAAGCCACUGGUUGUUGUUUUCCGAAUACAAAACGGAUUAUGCGCUCACUCUGUGAGAUGUAUAGACAGGGCUGGAAUGGCCAGCGUCAUGUAGCUUUGCAACUGGUUCGUGGCACCAACACCACCAUUAGUUUUUUUUACACAUUAUCUUAGAUCAGUUAGUAAAACAAUACAGAGACAGCUACCCAUUUGAACAAACAAAACAUUUCUAUAAAUUCCAAAGUAAUGUGGCCUAUAUGUACUUAGGCUGGGAUUCUACAUACAUGGUUCCGUGUAAGUUGCACUGUGCAUUUCAUUGUCUGAUCUCUCAGUGUACAGUUCUUCAGAUAAAUGGGCCACCACUCAUUACAGUUCUGGAUCAGCAGGUACAGUCUUGAUCAGUCCUACUUUCAUUCUACAUCAAGGAAAAUAUUUUCCUAAAGGCAGAUAUUGAUUGUGUUUGUCUUUGGGAAUGUGGUGUCAUUAUAUUGUGCCUGUUCUGUAUAGAGUAGGAAUGGAUUGGUGAAGACAAACUCAACCGUUAUGCCAGGUUAGAAAUCUCCAUUGAUUGAACCUGUGAAUAUUAACAUGGAGUUUUCUUGUAAAUGAAAUGAAGAAAUAAACAAGAAUAUUUUUUAAAA